GUGCGAGUAGUUUAGCUUCAUUCCACCACGGAGAAGCCAGUGGAACGUGUCGGUUAUAGCUCAAGUUGGUACUUUAAUUUGCAACCACGUAGAAACAGCCAGAAAGGAACAUUUAUUAACAUAAUACAUUUGUUUUAUUGCCUGAAAGGACAUAAAGUGAGCUACAUAUUACGGACUGGAAUCCAGGACGAAUUCUGUGAUCUACAAAUAAACUAUCUAGCUAGCGUGCUAACAAAGAAAAUCCUUUCUCUUGAGAAAUAAUCCUCACUAUUCUCUUUAGUUAUGAGUCAUGUGGUCGUUGAUAAUCCACACGGUCUAGAUCAGCAGGUGAGUGUUUACUUCAUUUUUAAUUGAUUUAGUAAAAUUACAAAUGAACAAAUAUCGUUAGGACAGCUAGAAUAACACUGUCAGCGUAUGCUAAAUUAGCAAGCUAAAGUGGUUGUAGCCAAGCUACGUUAGCUAGCGCGUAGCUAACUGCGUGGAUAUGGCUGGUAAAAUGGUGGUUGGUGUGUGUCGCCGGUGAAAUUACAUGGUCAUGGCGGAGCUAGCGAAUGCUGCCUGGUAAUAUUCGGUUUUGAUCAGACUUCUUGGUAGCAAAUUCUUUGUCUCAAAAAGAUUGUCGUGAACUCUUGCUAUCCAUUACUGCAUAGUAGCUAGCUAGUUGUCAGAUUUUUUUAUUUGUAUACCUAUAUACUGUAUUUAACCAACCAGACUAAGGUUAGCUACACGUGAGGCCGGUAUCGAUUGCGCAGUUGAUGAUUUUACGGCAAUUUUAUCCAGGCUUGGUUAGGCCUUAGCUAACGUUGGCUAGGUCAUGUAACUAUCUACAGAGCCUAGAUUGUCAGCAUGUAUAAUAGUUAGAUACCUGGCAAUUGAUAUUCAACUAACUUUAGUUUAGUAGUUAGCUGGUUACCUUGAUGAAAUUCUACCGGCCGGUAAAAGUAACGUUAACUGCUGAGUCUUGAAACGUGGCGCAGGAAAUAACAAUUGCUCUACUGUAUAGUAGGUGACGAAUAGUAAAAAACCUACUCCAGACUAAGUUUACAAAGCCAAUAUAUCAUUGGCUAGUUAAUGUUGGGUUUUAGUUAUGUAAAACCUAGUUAACUAGCAAUUUAACUUCCGUUGAUUUUAUUUUCUAUGUAGCUAGUUAGAUGUUAACGUUAGUCUAUUCACUACUAACCUUAGGGCCCAAGCCAAGAACGUUGGCUGUGAAUCGAAACUUUAGCACACACAGAAUCACCUUAUCUUUAAUAAUGUCAACAUUCGAUUUGUUGACUUGACCUACAGGCUAUCUCUCAUAGUGAAAACUUGAACUUUUCCAGCCAGUGCUAGGAUCUGAUUUUUUUUGUGGCACUGUGCUCUAUCAGAUUUUGAAGCAUUUAUUCACCCCUUGGUUAUACCAUGCUUGUGUUAAGUGUGCCUUAACAGUAUUUUAUGUAUUUUCAGCUUGCUGGCCUAGACUUGAACUCUGACGGACAAGGAGGCAGUAAGUAUUCACAUAAAUUGAACUGUCUCAAGUGGUGUUCCUCUUUGAGCACAGAUGUUCAUAGCAGAAUGAUAUAAUAGAUAAUGCAAUUAUUUACUAAUAGCCAUACACAGUGCAAUAAUACAUUUGUUCAGUAAUUUUGACAAUCCUCUUUCGCAGAACAAUUUGCUAUCAUUGAAUGCCCUAAGGCAAGGGUUCACAAACUUCUUUGGCCCGCAUCCCCAUUUUGAUAUAAAUAAUUUCCUCACCCCCACCAUGUAAAAAAAAUAAAUACAAGUGAUCAACGGCCAAUCCUAACUUUAAAAAAAAAAUUGGAACUAUGACAGUCUAUUACAAAUCAGUCUGACAGAAUUUCAAUCUGAAGGACGUAUGGUUUGAAGUGACUGAAAUGCAUCAAAAAGGUAUUUGGAUGUUCAGAAGAUAAUUAAGCAAUCAUUUUGUAUGGUCUAUGUAGAAAAUAACAUUGUCAUCAUUGAUGUCCCCCCCCAGUCUUAUUUAGUACCUGUUCUUGUCCACUCUGUUCUAGUGAAUCCUGCGCGUUUGUGAGCAUUGUAGAGGGAAACUGAAGACUCGUGUUCCUUAGUCUUAUCUUUCCGUGAUGGGGUCAUUAUAUUUUGUAGCUUAAACCGUUCAAAAGUUAGAGCCACAUUUGUAGGAAGUGACCCGAAACCGCUUACUGACAAACCCGGUUCUAUGGACCAGGCGUGAUUUUUGUAAGUUUAUCUCAGUUUCUCUCGCGACCCCAUUUUCAAACCAGGCAACACCACAUAGUUUUGGAAACGCUGCCCUAAGGGGUUAGCAUGUACAGAUGACAUGUAUGCUGAAGGUGGCAAAAGGACACUUGUGAGUUGUAUCAAUUUGCAAGACCAUUUUUAUUUUUUAUAUAUAGGAUACCUUUAAAAUUUUCCUGAACAAGGAUUUGCAUGCAGUGUAGCUCAUUGUGGCGAUUCCGUUUAUCCUCAUAUUCAUAGCUUUACCAUACAAUGUGUUUCUCGAUACGAAGACUGACAGUCCUACGAUUUUUCACUUUUUCCAGGGCGUUACAUUCCACCUCACUUGAGGAACAAAGAGGUUUCCAAAAACGGUAAGUCAUCACUUUGACACACAGUAAAUUACACACAAGACAAUGAUUAUGUCCCAAUUCUAUAGGCAUACCCUUCUGCCCUAAGUGUGCACUUGGUCACUUCCCUUCAUGGAUUUAAAAGUUAAGGUGUAAACUCGCUUUAGCCUACCCUUACACCAUUUCAGUCCUUUUAAAUGCAUGAGGCAGGGUGUACAAGUACAGAAUUAGAAAACAAAGGACUUGUCAUUUAAUGAAGGUGUACAAUAUGUUUUGGUCAGUGUUUUAAUAGGGUAAGGAUGCAUUUUUGUCAGUUAAGCAGAAUUCUAUUUUUAAAAUAUCACAGUAACCCGAUUUGUACGCAUUUCUGCUCCUCCUUGAGGCCAAAGGCAACCAAGAAAGACUAAAAUUCCCCUAGUGCAGGAGUUUAUGGGAAAAAACUACAAUUGAUUGUCUCUGUGCUUUUAUUGGAAAAUACAAAGUAGAGCAUGCUACCCUCAAAGUAAAACCAGAUGCUUUACCCCAUCCUGAACAGCAUGAAAAUAUGUCUUUCAGAGUAGGCCUUAAGGAAUUAAAUGCUUUUGUCAUUCUAUACGAUGGCGCCAGUGUAUGGCGACACUUCACAAGCAACUCUCUUGCUACUGUUUGUCAUUUUGUUAACCAAGUUGUUUAUCCAAAAUGUAGCACUAACACUUAAUUACAACCUGAGUUAGUUUUUCUUGACUAACAAUUUUUGGCGCACAAACGUGGAAAUAAUCUUACUCCUGUUCACCAAAUUUGUAAUACUUAAUGAUCAAAUGUCACCCCUUCCACCUGCAUAAGGAGUUUACCUGUUAUUAUGAUAACUGUUGCCGUACAGCCCCAAGCCAAUUAUUCUACAACUUUUGACAAACUUAAUUAUAGCGUUAUUAAAACAAAUAGGAAAACGUGCAGCCAGAGGCCAUAUCUAUCGUCGCGGAGGACUAUAAUUUGCCACCUGGGGAAAGUACUGGCAAAAUACUUUCAAUAUGUCCCCUGACCAGGUGUGACAAAACACUGGACCAUUGCUGCUCCUUCACCCAGGGACCAUAUCGCUCCUUGACACAACCCUACUUCAGCGAUCAGAUCACUCAUCAGUCCUUCUUACUUCCUGUUUACAAAGUGAUGAGCACAAAGGCUACACUUAGUGUACAGUUAGUGCUGAUCCAGUGACUUGCAACUAGGAUACAAGGACUUCUACAAUAAAUUAAUGUGUGACCUAGAGCAGUGGUUCCCAAAGCUCUUGAGGACCACCAUUCGCACAGUCACAUUUUUUUUGCACAAAAUAACUUAACGGACCUCCCGUUGGGAACGGCUGACCUAGAGAAUGUUAUUGAGGUUGCUGGAAGACCGAAGGAGAAACUGGAAAACUAGUUCAGGGUAUCCGACUGGUGCACGUGGCAAGUACUUCAGGCCAUCGCAGAACAAAGCUAGCGGAAUUGCCCACAUUGACUCCUCACUCCCAGAUGAGCUGAACAACUCCGAACUACAGCUUCCAGCAACUCAGAGGAAUAUUUACGAAAGUUUCAAUCAAGACACGAUGUUCUGUUGUCCAACCUUGUAGUCUUGUGAUUCCUAAUGUUUGUUGGCCGGGUGUUUGUUGGCCUGUUAUCGGCACAGGCAUAUGUUGAGUUGCAUGAGUUAACAGGGCUGUUAUACCAAGCACUAUCGCUGACGUGAAGAGACUACGCGACAGACCAGGCAACUAGUUUUUAAAGCUGAACUUCACGCAAAUUAUCAGCGACGUACCAGUUUUGUUUGCUACUUGCUCCCCACUGGGCCCAACACAUCACAGUAAUCUUUAGGGCAAGAUAAGUCUGAGUUCUAAGAAAGUGUCCCACUAGCACUGACUCAUUAUGGCUAAAGACUGACUUGCCUCUUAGAAGUUGUGCAAAAUCUUAAAUGUCAGAGUAAAUCCCAAUUGAACAUCUCAUUGAUCAUGGCACAGAGUUUGUCUUGGGUUAGUUUCAUCUACCUUUUGUGACGUUAUUUGUCUUUUUAUUCCACAACAGAAAAUGCCUAUUCCUCUGGUAGACAGUACGGUUAUUCAGUGCCACCACCAGUAAACUUCUGUAAGUCCCUUCCGUCUGCUUUGUGCUGAGAUGCAUGAAAUGGCCUUACGCACAGCAACACCAAUGUGGGGUGUUCCAGAUGCACAGGUUCUGUUCAAUGGAGCUUUAUCAUUUUGAGAUGGUUCCUAAAAUGUUCAACAACUUCAUAGUAAAGAUCUGAUAAUGUGCAUUGGCACAAACUUCAGCUGAAUCUGUAUCUGGAACCCAAUGUGAAAUGGGCUUAGACUUUUGAAAGACAAUACUUUUACCACUCAGAGAAUCAGAGAACGCCACCCACAAUUCCCACUACUGGGAAUAGGGUAUCUCUUUAGAAUAUGCAGCCAUAGUCGGGUGUCGAGGCUACUUUUAGUAUGAAGUAGCUUGCUUUUGGUGAAAAGGGUGUUUUUUAAAUGUCUUUUGAGUAAGGUUCUGCCCUGCAUCGCUAGUAUGGCUGUAUUACUAAUGCCAAUGGGAGCUGCUCAAUGCUCAAUGCUAACAUCCUUAUGUUGAGUAUCUGCAGUAGGAAUAAAGCUGUAUCAAAAUGAGCCAACAUUGUGCCUUCUGAUCAUCCUAGGAACAUACCAAAUGAAUACAAUUAAAGCAGAGCCUGUUCGAUGAGCUUAAAUGUCUAGUAUUCUAGCCUAUACUUGGAAUCCUUCCUAUAGGCACUGUAAUGUUGCGUUCAUAACCAAGUGGGAAGGUGGUAUUUACCACAUACAACUGGGGAAAAUAUCAUCCCUGAGCUCUGACUUCUCCCACAUGCUGACCUCUGACGUCACCUACUAAGGAAAUGACCUCGAACAGCAUUUAAAUGCAACAACAAUACGCUAUUAAUAAAAAUAAAUCUAUUCAUGGUUUUUGAACAUAAUUUCAAGCAUGAUAGCUGUACUUUUUAGCCAAUCUGCGUUUUUUAAAUGAGUUCAAAGCACGUGAAUGCAUCUUAACUGGUAUUUAUGAUGUCACAACUGCUAAUUACAACCAUCCCACUUGGUUAUGAGUGUGUCAAUGUAAAUAGUCUGGGUGGCCAUUUUUAUUAAUUGUUCAGCAGUCUUAUUGCUUGGGGGUAGAAGCUGUUAAGGAUCCUUUUGGUCCUAGACUUGGUGCUCCGGUACCACUUGCCGUGUGGUAGCAGAGAGAACAGUAUGACUUGGGUGACUGGAGUCUUUGACAAUUUUUUGGGCUUUCCUCUGACACCGCCAAGUAUAUAGGUCCUGGAUGGAAGGAAGCUUUGCCCCAGUGAUGUUCUGUGCCGUACGCACUACCCUCUGUAGCGCCUUUACAGUCAGAUGCCGAGCAGUUGCCAUACCAGGCGGUCCCCUGUAGCUCAGUUGGUAGAGCAUGGCGCUUGCAACGCCAGGGUUGUGGGUUCGUUUCCCACGGGGGGGCCAGUAUGAAAAUGUAUGCACUCACUAACUGUAAGUCGCUCUGGAUAAGCGCGUCUGCUAAAUGACUGAAAUGUAAAUGUAAAAGAUACAACCGGUCAGGAGGCUCUCGAUGGUGCAGCUGUAGAACUUUUUGAGGAUCUGGGGAUCCGUGCCACAUAUUUUCAGUCUCCUGAGGGGGUAAAGGUGUUGUCGUGCCCUCUUCACGAUUGUCUUGGUUUGUUUGGACCAUGAUAGUUUGUUGGUGAUGUGGAGACCAAGGAACUUGAAGCGCUCGACCCGCUCCAAUACAGCCCCGUCGAUGUUAAUGGGGGCCUGUUUGGCCCGCCUUUUACCUGUAGUCCACCAAUCAGCUCCUUUGUCUUGCUCAUAUUGAGGGAGAGGUUGUUGUCGUGGCACCUCACUAUAGGCUGUCUCAUCGUUGUCGGUGAUCAGGCCUACCACCGUUGUCGUCAGCAAACUUAAUGAUGGUGUUGGAGUCAUGUUCGGCCACACAGUCGUAGGUGAACAGGGAGUACAGGAGGGGACUAAGCCUGCAUCCCUGAGGGGCCCCAGUGUUGAGGAUCAGCGUGGCAGACGGGUUGUUGACCUGUUUUAAAGGUCUUGCUCACAUUGCUACCGAGAGCGUUAUCACUCAGUCGUCCGGAACAGCUGGUGCUCUCAUGCAUGCUUCAGUGUUGCUUGCCUCAAAGCUAGCAUGAAAGGCAUUUAGCUCGUCUGGUAGGCUUGCGACACUGGGCUGCUCGCGGCUGGGUUUCCCUUUUGUAGUCCAUAAUCGUUUUCAUGCCCUGCAACAUCCGAUGAGCGGUCAAUGCCGGUGUAGUAGGAUUCAAUAUUAAUCCUGUAUUGACGCUUUGCCUGUUUGAUGGUUUGUCUAAGGGCGUAGCGGGAUUCCUUAUAAGUGUCCCGCUCCUUGAAAGCUGCAGCUUUACCUUUUAGCUCAAUGCGGAUGUUGCCUGUAAUCCAUGGCUUCUGGUUGGGAUAUGUAUGUACGGUCACUGUGGGGACGUUGUCGAUGCUCUUAUUGAUGAAGCCGAUGACUGGGGUGGUAUACUCCUCAAUGCCAUUGGAUGAAUCCCGGAACAUAUUCCAGUCUGUGCUAGUGAAACAGUCCUGUAGCGUCGCAUCCGCGUCAUCUGACCACCUCCGUAUUGAGCGAAUCAAUGGUGCUUCCUGCUUUAGUUUUUGCUUGUAAGCAGGAAUCAGGAGGAUAUAAUUAUGGUUAGAAUGGAGGGCGAGGGAGAGCUUUGUAUGCGUUUGUGUGUGGAGGAAAGAUGGUCCAGAGUUUUAUUUUUUUUCUUCUCUCUGGUUGCACAUGUGACAUGGUGUUAGGUAAAAACGGAUUUAAGUUUGCCGCUGCUCAGCAGAUGUGGGAACUCCUUCAAGACUGUUGGAAAAGCAUUCCUGAUGAAGCUGGUUGAGAGAAUGCCAAGAGUGUGCAAAGCUGUCAUCAAGGCAAAGGGUGGCUACUUUGAAGAAUCUCAAAUAUAAAAUAUAUUUUGAUUUUGUUUAACACUUUUUUGGUAACUACAUGAUUCCAAAUGUGUUAUUUCAUAGAUUUGAUGUCUUCAUUAUUCUACAAUGUAGAAAAUAGUAAAAAAUUAAGAAAAACCCUUGAAUGAGUAGGUGUUCUAAAACCUUUGGACCGGUAGUGUGUGUGUGCACUUUAUUUUCUGGGAAUUUGUGUCUUUGUCUGGGAGUCCAAUCUAUCCCCUUCGUGGUCUCUGAAUACCUGACAACCUCAUAGUGCACGCUCUCUUUCUACCUGUCAUCAUCCCUCUGCCUCUCAUUCCUCUCCUCACCCAUGAAGACUCUCCAGGAGGAUGGGAUGGCGGACGCAGCAACGGCUUCGCCAACGGUUACCAUGACAACCGCAAUGGGGGACGCGGCGGGCCUCCCCGAAAUGACAGAGGUGGGCGUGCCAGCUACCGCGGUAACACCAUGGGUGGCACCUCGUUUAAUCAGCCAGUGCACACCGCAGGUGGGGAAACCUACUGUGCCAAAUAGUAUUUAUCUAUUCAUCACUAAUAAUAGUAAUUACAAUACUAAUAAACGGAUACAAGUAGUAUGUAAUGUAUUAUGCUGUAGAUCUGGUCCUCCUAGAUCCUACUGUGCAUAUAGACUAUAAAAACAAUUAUAAUAAUGGUAAUACUAGUUAUAACUUCUAAUAGUAGACGGAAUCUGCAGAGGCAGAAUUUCCUUGAAUCACCAGCAAUGGAAAUAAUGUAUGAAAUAAAAUGCGUGUUAAUACAAAUCAAACCUAUUUUAAUAGUUAUUGAUAAAAUACAGACAAUGCUGGAAGGGUACAGUUGGGGGGGAAAAACACCCCUGCAUAUUCCGUCUUACCCUAUACUCAUAUCAUUCGAUCUAAUCAAUCAAAUCUAUUUACCAAAGUAGCUUAUUUCCCGAACAAUAUUUUGAUGGUGGUAGGCCAUUCCUGCAUGCCGGUGGGAUGAUUUAAUGUAGCCACAGUUACUCACUGAUCUGUACACUCUCCCUACCCAGGGUUUGGUGGUGGACAAGAUGGUGGAGGCUGGGGAGGUGCUCCCAGACAAGAUGCAGCCUAUAACAGCUUUGGAGGGAGGGGCAAGUCUUCCUUCUACAGUGACCGUGGAUCAUCAGGGGGCAGAGGGGGGUAAGGACCAGUCAGUGCACUGUCUGUUGGAACUAUGUAUUGACCCAUACAAAUAUGUGUUGAGCAGUGUGUCUGUGGGGGUCUGUUGUAGUUAUCAGCGUGGAGGUUAUGGUGGUGGAGGUAACAACCGCUGGCAGGAAGACUCCAGGGACGACGAGGACUGGUCCAAACCCAGCCCCGCCAACGAACGCCUGGAAGCGUGAGUCUCGCUCCUCUCUUACAUUGGCCAAAACCAGUGUGUCUAGGACUUCUGCAACUUGAAGUGUGCCUUUUUAUAUAAGCAUACUCAACAAUAUUGAUCUUAGAUCGGUCUUAGUUUCACUCUUAACGCUGGUAGUUUGCAAUAUUCAGUUCAGUUAUUCUGGACAACUUUUGAAGAGUCCUGUUAGACGUUGUCUUGGAAAUCCCGUCUAAUGUGAUGUCCUCUAACCCAAACUAUAUUUUUCCUCUCCGCUCAUCCAGGGAGCUGUUCUCAAGCGGGAACACUGGUAUUAACUUUGAGAAAUACGACGACAUUCCAGUGGAGGCCACUGGCGCAAACUGCCCGCCACACAUCGAUAGUGUAAGUCACAUCACUGGCUUUGCCGCCACCAGUAGUCAUGUAAAUCAAGGGAAAUGCUGUGCAUGGGAAAAUGUUGAAGUGACUCUUAUUGACAGAAGUCAACAGCGUAGAAGUGAUCCAAAACUAACGCCGCUGGUGUUUUGGUAUUUCAGUUCCAUGAUGUGGACAUGGGGGAGAUCAUCAUGAGUAACAUUGCCCUGACCCACUACACGCGGCCCACCCCCGUCCAGAAAUACGCUAUCCCCGUCAUCAAGUCCAAGAGAGACCUCAUGGCCUGCGCUCAGACUGGUAUGGGACUGAAUGAAUGAAGGCAAUUCCACAGUGAGUGAUGCUGAGGCUCAGAUUUUUCACUUUAAAAUGUAUGUCAAAUUAAACUUAGCAAUCAUUGGUUUUAACAAACCAUAGCUAUGCACAAAGACUACUUUUAAAAAUGUCCACUGAAAAUGUUACACAAACACAUUUACUUGAAGAACAGUGCGGAUGCAAAGCUUGGUAACUGAAUGCCAACACAAACAGCACAAUCAUCAUUGUGUUACCAGUGCAUCUGCACUGUUCAAGUAAAUGUAUUUUUGUGAAAUGUUCAGUGCAAGUUAAAAGUAGUCCAUGUACAUAGUUGUAUAGUUUGUAUAACUUUGCAAACAGUUUUUUUUGUUUGACUUGCAUUUUAAAGUGAGAUCUGAGUCUCUUCAUCACUCUUAUUGUGGCAUCGCCCAUGAAGGAAGGAAGAUGCUUUACUUCAAAGGGGGAGAUGCUAAAGGAAGUGCUAGCUAGAUAUACUUUGAAUUUAAAACUUGUUUUUGGAUUGUCUUUCUAUCGCUUGCUACCUUUUUAGACCAGUAAAGAUGAAUGAUUAUUGUAUUGAGUAAAAGACUGAAUGUUCCUGUACUCAGGCUCGGGUAAGACUGCAGCCUUCCUGGUGCCAGUGCUGAGCCAGAUCUACACACAGGGGCCUGGAGACGCCGGAGCGGCUGCCAAGAACGGGCAGGUACACACACACACACACACGAACAGCCUGCAUCGUUGAGUUUUCCCAUCUGUCUGCAACACUGCUUUACUGUGAAAGCAAUUCAAUUGUCCCCCUGACUUGCUGGUGUGCUAUUUAUGUAUUCUGUGUGCUGAGGUUGACCCAACACUUGUCGUUUCUCUCCACAGGACAGCGGUAAAUAUGGGCGCCGUAAGCAGUAUCCCCUCUCUCUGGUCCUGGCCCCCACCAGAGAACUGGCCCUGCAGAUAUACGAAGAGUCCAGAAAGGUAUGGGCUACCCCCCCUCCCCAUUGGACAGAACAUGAAGGAUCUUGUAGUGACGCUGUAAUAGAGUAUCCUAGUGGUGGUUAAGGAAGAUGGACCGGUUGUUGACUUGAAAGUUGCUGAUUCCGAACAUGUUGAAUGAUUGCAGCUAGAUAAAGAAAAUAUCGACCUCUUUUCUUGGCAUGCACGCCGUUUCCUUGUACUCGUGUGUAUGUUAUGGAGGGACAAAAUGCCCAGUGCUAUGUCUUCGGUGCCAGAAUGUUUCUCGUCUUCUGGUUCUAUCCUCAGUCACUGGUAUACUCUUAUCAUGUUGAAAUGGAUGGGCAUCAGGUUCUAUGUAAUCUGAGUGUUCUGCAGGCAGAUGUGAAUCUAUGUAACAUCUGCUAUAGAACAAUACUCCAAAGACGACAAAAGGAUAAUGGUUAAUACUGAAUUAUGGGCAGUACUAGGGUUCUGAACGGUCCUGUGUAUGUCUUCCCCCUGUAGUUUGCGUACCGCUCCCGCGUGCGUCCCUGCGUGGUUUACGGUGGGGCUGACAUCGGACAGCAGAUCAGAGACCUGGAGCGAGGCUGUCACCUUCUGGUGGCCACACCCGGACGCCUGGUGGACAUGAUGGAGAGGGGCAAGAUUGGCCUCGACUACUGCAAGUGAGUGGGGCAGGCGCUCGGGCUUACGAGUUAGCUCGGGCUUACGAGUUAGCUCGGGCUUACGAGUUAGCUCGGGCUUACGAGUUAGCUCGGGCUUACGAGUUAGCUCGGGCUUACGAGUUAGCUCGGGCUUACGAGUUAGCUCGGGCUUACGAGUUAGCUCGGGCUUACGAGUUAGCUCGGGCUUACGAGUUAGCUCGGGCUUACGAGUUAGCUCGGGCUUACGAGUUGGCUAAUGUAAGUAAUUGACCUGAGUGCUAAGUGAACUGUUUCUGUCAUCCACGUCAGCUACCUGGUGCUGGAUGAGGCUGACAGGAUGUUGGACAUGGGCUUUGAGCCCCAGAUCAGACGCAUCGUGGAGCAGGACACAAUGCCCCCUAAAGGCAUCCGCCAGACCAUGAUGUUCAGCGCUACCUUCCCCAAGGAGAUUCAGGUAAACACACACACCGGUAGUAAUGACGAAAGCUUGAGAAGCUGAGUCAAACCCUUGGUGUGUGUUUCUGACUGUGUGUGUUUCUUACUGUGUAGAUGCUGGCGCGUGACUUCCUGGAGGACUAUAUCUUCCUGGCCGUGGGCCGCGUGGGCUCCACCUCUGAGAACAUCACCCAGAAGGUGGUGUGGGUGGAGGACGGUGACAAGAGGUCCUUCCUCCUGGACCUGCUCAACGCUACAGGUAAGGAACACGCACGAAUUAAAGACACCAACUCUACACUGUAAGACUCAAACCCUUCACACACUCACAUUCUCACACCCAUUCUCGCACAAACAAACCAAACUCCAUCCUAAACACAUGUAUAACGUUCAGUCACAGAUGUAUUGAAAAUAAUUCAUAACACUUGCUAAGGUUAUCUAAGAGGGUACAUUGUUAGCCUUUUCCCUUGCCCCCCACCCCCAGCCACCUGUUAGUCUGUCCGCCCAAAGUAAAUGAACAUCCACAUGGACACAAUUGUCUCCUAAACUAGUUGGCAUGAUGAACCUUCACCAUUCUCCUCUGGGUGAAACAGAGGGUGGUUGAUGGGAAAGCGCUAGUUUUCACAUCUGUUAAGUGUUAAGUUGCUCCAUACUGCCUUUGGUUUACUGUGCUGGGCGGUUUGGUUUUAUCUAGUCAUUCCCAGUGACGCUCCUGAUGUUCAGGAGGCUGCAGUGACACCUGGUAAGUAUUAUUAUGGUACUAUUAACCCCCCCCCCCCCCCACAUCUCCCUCUUUCUCCUUUCAUUAUUUCUCAGAGGAGCUUUAGGGCCAGAAAUAAUGCUUGCAGUCUCAGGGCCAGGGGAAUCCUACCCUUAGGUCAGGGGUGGGCAACUCCAGAGCUGUGGUGUGCAGGCUUUUAUUCUAGCCCAAUACUAAGACACUAAUUUGAGUCUAAUUGACACCAUAGCAGCCCUCCAGGACCUGGGUUGGCCAGCCCUGUCAUUAGAACCAGCGGUAACGCUUGCCACCCUUAAAGGAGGUUUCUAAGUGGAGCACAGCUAUUUUUCCUCUCUCUUUGGAAAAGGAAGUGUUUCUGGCUUGGUGUUACUGUCUGGGAUGAUUUUCAACUCUCACACACACAGCAUGUGUAGGGAGAUUAAGGACACGUUGGGCUGUUUGUCUUUGGAAACUGAGCUACACCUUCUGUUAGUCAAGCAGUUACGUCUAUUAUGGGUUGAGUCAGUCUACGGUAAAUAAAGUACACAUAAACCCCUCUGUAUUAGCAUCUUGUACGUGUCCCGAUGUUCCUUGGCAACUAGUAAAACAGCCCAUCAUGGAGAUUAACAAAUAACCUAGAUGUCACAGGAAGCUAGGACCAAAGCAAGCAGACAUCUUUAUCACCAUGGUAACCAGGACCUAAGAGGUGGACAUGCGUGUAGAUACCCAAGCCCUGUUUUGAAUACUUAGAAAAGACAACCUCACAGAAGAAUGGAGUGAUAUCUUUGAUGCAUGCCUGGAUAGAUGAAUGCUUGUCUUCCAUGCCAUAGGAUGUUAUCCUUCAUCUAUCCAAACAUGUCAGAUCAGUAAUUAAUCCAAGGAAGACAUUUUACAAACCUGGUCCUGGACUCCCAUCGCUCAGUGUUGCCAUGCCAACCAUACCAAACACGGCCUACCUGCCACUAAAUGCUGCUGCUGUGGAAACAGGCAUAGGGUCAUCAGAGAAUAUCAUCAAUGCCCCCAUCCCCCAAUCCCCAUAUCCCCAUACCACCAUCUCCAUCCAGUUUCACUGUCGAGUGUUUGCUCUGAUAGCCAUUAAUGCCGUGUUAGUCCACUGUAGAUAAAACAAUGAAGCUACUCACUCCAAAUAGUACCGUUCCAAAUGGCUGUGAAGACAUUUUGAGUUAUGGGACAGUCGGCUGGUUCUGAUAUGAGGACAUUUGGCAUGUAAACUCUGUAAAACAGAACCUAUAUAAACUUAAUGGAUGUCAGUGAAAGCGAAGCUGCUUCUGCACCCCUGGUCUCCAUUUUUCAGUUGCCUUUUUUGUUUCUUUGCACCACGGUGAUGAGGUUGGGAACAUUACCUGCUCUGUUAGUGCAGUCCAUUUUGACUUCCUGCUCCCCUCGCCCCACAGUCUAAUGUCUUAAUCCCACUCAUAGCCUGUGAGCUAAGUACUCAAAGUUUUUCUUUUUUCCCUCUUUCUCUGUCUUUCGGUCUCGCGCGCUCUCUAGGUAAGGAGUCUCUGACGUUGGUGUUUGUGGAAACCAAGAAGGGAGCGGAUGCCCUGGAGGACUUCCUGUACCGCGAGGGCUACGCCUGCACCAGUAUCCACGGAGACCGCUCCCAGAGAGACAGAGAGGAGGCGCUGAACCAGUUCCGCUCCGGUCGCUGCCCCAUUCUGGUGGCCACCGCGGUACGACAACACGCACACACUCUGUCAACACAGAAGUAGUGACGUCAUUCUCCCUUUUUAAUCUAGCAUGCAUCCAAACGUAUCAAGAUUUUAAUUGAAGCUACAUCAGUAACGUUGAUCACCUAAUGAACGGUUUUCCCCUUGCCGGUUGAAUAGUGUUUCCCUCUGUGUGACUGACUGCCUGUUGUAUCUCUCCUCCUCCAGGUGGCUGCUCGUGGUCUGGACAUCUCCAACGUCAAGCACGUUAUCAACUUUGACCUGCCCAGCGACAUUGAGGAGUACGUCCACCGUAUCGGUCGUACUGGUCGCGUGGGGAACCUGGGUGAGUGGGACUAGUGUUGGGGGGGUGUCUCCCAUCAUGACCUGUUUACUGUGUAUGUCAUGUAGAGGUGGGUUGUGGGUAGGAUUUUGACCCGGCCCAGCUUUAACACACCAGGGUCCUGUUCAUAAGGGCAUGCAAAUAAAGAAAGCUGUUGAACGUUUUGCGACGAAAAACGGGAAUGAGCUUUCUUUUGUUUGCUGCAUAAUUAACAUGACCCUGACUAAAUGGAUAAAUCACUAAAUUAGCCUUGGAAUUGCAUCAUAUUGUUAGGGAUAGCUAGGUUAUGUGUGUUCCUCUGUCACUCACCUUGUGUAUCCAGUUCUGUUGUCAGUCUGACAUCCGGUUGGUUGUAUAAUGAGAAUGCUGUGAUCGCAUGGCUCUGCACAACGGUAGAGAUUGUCCCGUUGUGUUGGAAACUGCAGAGCGCAUUACCGCACUACCACUGGUGCACGUUUAACAGAAGGUUGGGGUGCCGGUGAAUAGCGGUGUGGUGUGUGUGUGUGUGUGUUGGUCAUGCGCGUCAGUAAGUAUCACUUCUCAUGACUGGGAUGCUAAGAAACGAGAAUAACUCCAGAUAAACACUAAAUCCACAAUAUUACGUAAGAUCACACACUGCAUUAAUUGUUUUUAAGAAGCCUUAAAGUAUUAGUCUUUCAAGAACUCAAGUUCCUCAUUCCACCACAUGCCAAGGAGAGUUUUGCUAUGUGGUCUGUGUGUGUAGCGUAUUGAGCCCUGUCCUCUCAUCUGUGUGUGUAGGUCUGGCCACGUCGUUUCUUCAACGACAAGAACAGCAACAUCACCAAAGACCUGCUGGACAUCCUGGUGGAAGCCAAGCAGGAAGUACCCUCCUGGCUGGAGAGCCUGGGUUACGAGAACCAGCACAAGGGCAACACGGGACGCGGACGCUCCAAGAGGUACACACACUCGCACACCUUUUCAGGGAAGUUAACGGACCACUUAUGUUGAUUUUUAGAUCAAAGAUAUUCUCAAGAAAGGAGAAUGCCAACUACUUGUUCUGUGUAUCAACCUUUCCUCUCUCUCCACCCAGGUUUUCCUCUGGUGGAUUUGGUGCCAGGGACUACCGCCAGACACCCGGCGGCGGCGGCUUUGGAGGUGGUGGUGGGCGCGGCGGCCCUCGCACCGGGGGUCACGGAGGAGGAGGAAGUCGUGGCGGCUUCGGUGGAGGUAAGAGCUAGGCCCUCUUCAGAACCACUCUGAAUGUCACUUUAGUUUUUAUCAUGAUCAUUUGGAAUGAACGUUUCGAUCAUGUGUGAGGGGUGAUCUCUGCUGUUUUUAUCGCUGUAUGUGAAUUACUGAAUUUAUUGGACUUUCUAUCUAUUUGAGAUUUGACCCCUGUCCUUCCCAGGUGGCUUUGGAGGCGGAAACUCCUAUGGUGGCAACGACGCCGGCUACGGUGGCAACUACAGCCACUCCGGUAGUGGAACUGACUGGUGGGGCAACUAG